UAUGUGUGGCUACGACUGUUUUUGUUGGUACAGGAGAGGAGACGCCUAGGAUGCCUCUGAAUACAGACGCUCAAAGUGCGAAGUGACUAGAUGGGAGCCCAGGCGGAAAACGAGGGAAUGGGAGAUAAAGUGGCCUCGUGAAUAGGAAUGCCUGCCCAAAUAUCAGAAUUGGAGAUCAUGGAUGAAGAUCAAUUAAUUGAAGAAGUCUUGGAUAAGUUUGUUAAUUGCCAUGAACAAACAUACGAAGAAUUUCUGAGCACUUUUACUCAUCUUUCAAAAGAGGAUAAUGUGGCCAAAAGAGGGACAUUUGAAACCGAUUCUUCAGAAAACAUAUUUCCUUCAAUAAAAUUUCCUCGUGAAAAUGAACCAAGUGAUCAUCAUCUUAGAAAUAAAGCCAUCUUUCUUCGUACUUCAUCACAAUGUUCAGAAGAGGAACAGAUAGUGAUAGAUGAAGGCCAAAAAGUUGGCAGUUCCUUUCAAGGUGAUCUGAAUCGGGCAGGAAAGGUGAAGGUAAGGCAUGAUUCAAUUUUCUUCCAUAGCAAAAAAUACAAAAAA